AUUUUGAUGGAUUUAAAACGUCCGACGAAUCUUUGAGACUUCGAGCGCUAAAAUAAUUGCCUCGGUGUACUCACACAGUAACAGUGUAACACAACAAUACUAUAAUGAAUAAUGAUGCAGCUGCUGCACAGAUCGUAUGUUUUUUCCCUCAAGUGAAACACAACGCACACACUGCACGAGAAACUGAUAUUGUUAUUGCGCUAUUCGUUCCGUGAUAGGUGGAUGAUAGUGGACGGACGCUAGGACGCGUACACGUCACGGACCGCCGCCACGGCGACGCCAUCGCGCCCAACCGGAAUCGCGGCGAUGUUCUGCUCACGACGACGGUACCUAUCGAACGACACGUCUUCCCCGCCGCGCCACAGUCGCCCAGCCAUCGAUUAAUAAUAGUAAUAAUGAUAUUAUUAUUAAUCAUUGCAAUUGAUGUUUUCCGAUAUCGUCUCCCAUAAACCGAUCCGCGAUAUUAUUAUUACUAUUAUUAUUAUUAUUAUUAAUACAGUGCGUUAUUAACAUUACUAUUAUUAUUAUCGUUGUACGGGUUGCGGAUCACAUGGUUUAAGUUCCUCGAUAACGGUUAUCAUUGUCUGUCGUGUCCAUUAAGGUUGUGUCGCGGUGGUGUUCGCGGUGUUGUUGUUGUCUAUGCACAAAGCCCGAGUGUUGUUAUUGUCGGAUAUCGUUGUCGCCGCGUCCGUUCAGCAUAAUAUUUUGCUGUCGCCAAUCGCCAUCACCCGAUAACUGUCGCGCGCGCACGCUACAUCGUUUCGUCGGAUCCGGCCAUCGUCAUUGUGCACCACAAAGUGGUUCGCGUCGUCAGCGGUGUCUGCAUCAGUGGCAUCUGUCGUCGGGGCCGCCGCGGACGGUGUCAUUGCCGCGACGAUCUUCGGCAGUUUACAACGACUGUAGUCGUUGAGGGCACGAACACAACAAGUGGCCGACAUCCGGUGCACGAACCACAUCCUCUCGUGAAACACGUGCAUGAGGUCUCAAACUGGAAAGAAGCCAUUUCCAUGUAAGGCCCAUUUAAAUUUUUCAUGGUUGAUGUCAAAUUUAAAUGUACACAUGAGUUCUCGCACAGGAGAGAAACCAUAUACAUGUGAGGUCUGCUCAAAAUCAUUUACUUUAAACCAGCAACUCAUUACUCACAUGAGGUCUCACACGGGAGAGAAGCCUUUUUCAUGUGAGGUUUGUUUAAAACCUUUCUCUACAAAUGGCAAUUUAAAAAUACACAUGAGAUCUCAUACAGGAGAGAAACCAUUUUCAUGUGAUGUCUGCUUAAAAACGUUUACUCUAAAUCAGCAACUAAUUACUCACAAAAGGUCUCACACUGGAGAGAAGCCAUUUUCUUGUGAGGUCUGUUUAAAAUGUUUCUCUACAAAUGGCAAUUUGAAAGUACACAUGAGGUCUCACACAGGAGAAAAACCGUUUUCAUGUGAGGUCUGUCUAAAAUCAUUUACUCUAAACCAGCAACUAAUUACACACAUGAAGUCGCAUACGGGAGAGAAGUCAUUCUCAUGUGAGGUAUGUCUAAAAUCAUUUCCUGUUAACGGUUCAUUAAUCAAACACAUGAGAGUCCAUGCAGAGAAGAAGCCAUUUUGUGAUCCAUGUAAAAAAUGUUUUCCCCAAAAUGGUCAGCUUGUAAAUCACACAAGAAUUCAGGAGGAUCCAAGGAUGCUUGAGGAUAAUGCUAAUUGUAUGAUGUCAACUUACAAAAAGUCCUUUAAUUUAAACAGUAAUAUUUAUUAAUUAAAUGUUCAAAACAAUAAACUGUUUAUAAUAUAAGUUUUUAACAUUUAAUAAAAAUAAUUUUUGAUGCUUAAAUAUAUGUUUAUAUUUAUUUAAUAAUUUAAAAUAAUUUGCUAGUGCAAAUAAUCUAUGAUAACAAUAUUGUUAAACUCAAUAUAUUAUAUUAUUUUUACACUUAAUUUUUUUUUAUUGGAUUUAUUUGCUUACACAAUUAAUACUAUUGAUAUUAUAUUUUUGAGUUAGAGUUAAACGACAUGAAUGCAUUUUUAAUGACUUGUAAGUUGUAGUAAUAAAAUUAUCUUAAAUACUUUGUAACCUACGUCCUACACUGGGUUUAUAUAACCCUAGGUAUAACCAUCGCAGUUCAUCUUGGCCUUUGAAUCAUGCUAUGUGUUAGGGGUAAUUGUCAGUGACAUAAUAUUAUGCAAUAUUAUACCUUAUUUGAAUAGAAAGUAUUGAAGAUAAACAAUUUUUUAAAUCUACUUUGUAAUUUUCUCAAUUUUAUUCAAAUUGUAUUUUUGUCAAUAAAUAUUAGUACUCAUUAAAAAAGUACCGAUAAUAUUUCAAUAUCUGCUACAUUAUACCGACAUAAUUCUGGCUUGAUAUUCAUAACAAGAAGAAUAUUCUGUCCUUAAUGAAUAGUCACUAGGCCAAUAUGAACUGCAUGGAUUAUAUCUAACAUGGCGUACCUACUGCUUUGGUCUUUGAUAACACUUCUAUAUGAUCUAAGACGUAUUGUAUAUAUUGUAAUUAAGUCUGCGUAAAUCUAAUCAUUUAUUAAUAAUUGAUCUUGAUACCUACGCAUUUUUUUAGAUAGAUUUCUACUUUAAAAAAUAUACUGAUAAAAUAUUGAACUCGUA